AUGUGGGCUAUUCUUGUUUUAUUAGUGGCAAUUCUUUCUAUUAUAAUUUUAUUAUUAAUGUUUCAAUUUAUUGAUCCAUUAAAAACUAAAUGGUAUGUAACAUUCUUUGUUUUUCUUGGUUGGGGAAUGUCGUUUGCUAUUCCUAUUUUAUUACCAAUUGACAUUUCAUCAUCUUUAUUUGAUAAAUGUGUAGAACAACAAAAUAAAGUUUGUGAAGAACCAUUUACAUAUAUUGAUAAAAAAACAUUAGUUAUAUUAUGGAAUUUAUUAUAUUGGGGAACAACUAUAUUAUGUUGGACAGCCAUUCCAUUUUUACAAUCAUAUUGUUCAGCAGGAGAUUUUCAUAUAUUAGAACGAAUAAAAACAUCAUUACGUGAAAAUAUAAUAUUUUAUUUAGUUGUAGGAUUUGUCUGUGGUAUAUUUUUGAUAUUAUUCUUAAUUUGGAAUGAAAAUGGGGAUUGGUUAGGUAUUGCUAUUGCAGCAGCAAAUGCAUGGGGAUUAAUUAUGGUUAUUGGAAUGAUGGGGUAUGGUAUUGUAGCAGUUCCAGCUCGAUUAAUUAAAAAUAUAUCAUUAAAACAUUAUUUAAAUUCAUUAUAUUCUGAUAUUAAUGAUCUUACAGAAGAACAUGAAGAAGAAGAAGGAAUAUUAUCAGAACUUAUUACUCUUGUUAAAAAAGCAGAUGAAAUUAUUCCAAUUACAGACCCAAUGAGGAAAUGUGUUCUUAUAAUUAUAAAUGAAAUUGAUCCAAAACGUUAUGAAGCAACAGAACCAUCUAGAGAUUUUGUUAAAUCAUAUGAAAAUCUUAGUGAAUUACAUGCAAAUAUUCAAUUUCAACAAUUAAAAGUUAAACAAAUAUUUUAUACUUUACAUAGUAAUGUUGAUCAAGUAUUAAAAUAUGAAAAUAUUAAUAGUAACAAAGCUCCUUUAUUUCAAAGAAUUUAUUUUAAUAUAAUCAAAAAAAUAGUUUCAAUUAUUGCAUUAAUUUUAUUUAUUAUUUAUUCAUUAACAGUAUUUUCAAGUGAAUUAUUACUUCCAUUUAAUCUUCCUAUAUUAUCUCCUCUUUAUUAUAUUAUUCAAUCAAUAGAAUCAUCUGCAUUUCUUUUACUUAUUGUAAUUACUGUUUUUGUUAUUUAUAUUGCUUGGUGUGUUUAUCAAACAUUAAUAUCAAUGAAAUUAUUUGAUUAUUAUCAAUUAUUUAAUAAUCGUUUAUCUGAUCCUGGUUCAAUGCUUUUUUCUGCAGCAUAUUUAUGUCGUUUAUGUGCUCCAUUAGCAUUAAAUAUUCUUCAUAUGAUUAAAUUUGAUGGUAUUCAUUUCAAUGGAACACAAACUGCUUUUCAGUCAGUAAUGUCUUCAAUGGAAGAUAUUCCAUUCUUUGGUCAAAAUAGUUUCAAUGAUUUCUUCCCUGUUUGUAUUGUAAUUGUUUCUGCAUUUAGUUUGUUGAACCAUUUCAUUCCAAUUCCUUUAAUUUUCAAUUCAAUUUUGAAAUUCUUUGGUGUUAGAGAUCAUAAUAAACUAACUACUGCUCAAAAAAUAAAAAGAGGUAAAUACAUUUCUCAAAUAUUUUACACUCGAUAUGCUGAUUAUAUGUUUACUUUAAAUGCAAGUACUCAUUUAUUAAAACAAAAAGAUGAUUAA